AUGAACAGUCGCGGCAACCUCGCUGCGGGAGGCGGUGGGUUUUUGUCGCGUCCCGGUCUGUUGAACAAGAACAAGGGCUCUGGAGGAGGUGGCGUCAAGGGAGAUGUUGAAGCGGAACAACCUGUGAGUCCACCAAGAUUCCACGACGCAAAGUCGCUCGAAGCAGGUAACAUAGUUUUGGAACCAGGAUCCCCUCGACGAGAUAACGUUUUGUCUCCAGGACAAUAUCCGUCCGGACACUCAUCAAGUAAGAAGCCCGCCUUAUUCCGCGCCCAGACAUCGAGUCGCAGUAGCUUUUUCGGGUCAAGAUCAUUCCUCGCACGGGGACGAGGGUCGAUUACGAGCAAGACUUGUACCAGUACUUCGAUGUAAAACUAGAGCCACAAGAACUACAUUUUUUUGAUGGUACACGACACUGUCUUUUUUUUUUGCUUGACCUUGCCAAGAAAGUAUUUAAAAAUAGAUUUUGUUAUCCUCUAUCAUGUCUAAAACCGUAACCGUGUAGUUGACGUAUCUACUCGAGAACAAUUAUUUAUCUAUUUACAGCAUCGCAAUUAUCCCACUAGUAAUUUCUAACCUGCUAGACGGCAAGGGCCUGGAGCAGGCUUUGCGAGCGCAAUUUUCGUCUGAGGAGCUCCCCUCUGCAUCGUUUUCGG